CGAAGUGAAUUAAUGGGAUCAUCAUCUUCUCCAAUUCUUCUAGUUUUAACAGUGUGAGCGACAAACUUUAUCUUCUCAAAUCCUCUUCUCCACUUUGCUAAAUCUUUCUUUACCUCACAACCCAGAAUCCAAAAACUCCAGCAGAAGCCAUGGACAGGCUUCUGUAUUCUCCUUCUCCAACCCCUUUAAAACCCCAUCUCAACCGUCUUCCUCAUCUUCCUCGACUCCCUCGCAUUGACCCAUCAAAGCUCCAUUUCCCUUCAUCGACUCGUUCCGAGUUUGCUGGAGUUCAUUCGUUCUCUUCCAGAAACGAAAACCCAAUUCUAUCUUCUUCUUCUCUCCCUAUUUCUUCCAACACUUUGCUAUCUCUGAAUGAUUCUCGAGAUGGGUCGGUGCCAAAACCUCAGUUUCAUCAGCAGAUUGAAGAUUUUCCUUCAGGUGAACGAAAGGCAAAAAUUACCAAGACAUUUAUGGCACUCUGUGUUGCUAUUCUGGUCUUGAUCCAACCAGUUUUUGCACCUUCAGCUUUUGCGUACUCUGCAGCUACAACUGGGGGUCCAUCAGCUGCCACCUUCGGAGGAAGAUUUUUCCGAUCUGAACUAUUGAGCAGUGCUUGGACUGGUUUCUUUGCUGGAUGUUUACACACAUUAUCUGGGCCGGACCAUCUUGCUGCUUUGGCUCCCCUUUCCAUUGGGCGUACUCGCAUGGAAAGUGCUGCUGUUGGAGCUCUUUGGGGCUGUGGCCAUGAUGCAGGCCAAGUUAUCUUCGGCCUCAUAUUUCUUCUAUUGAAAGAUCGGCUUCAUAUCGAAAUUAUUCGUACUUGGGGCACAAGAGUCGUCGGUAUUACUCUGCUUGUAAUCGGUGCCUUGGGUAUUAGGGAGGCUACGGAGGUUCCUACUCCUUGCGUUGCCUUAGACAAUGGUGAGGGUGAUGUUAGUAUUUAUGAAGCAUUAGAGAAUCCAUCUGAAGGCAAGAAGAAGAUAGGUUUUGCAACUUUCGCGACAGGUAUUGUCCACGGGCUACAACCAGAUGCUUUGAUGAUGAUAUUACCCGCACUCGCACUCCCAUCUCGAGUGGCUGGAGCUGCAUUUCUUGUGAUGUUUUUGGUAGGUACUGUAGUUGCAAUGGGAAGUUAUACAGUGUUCAUAGGUUCUUGUACUCAAGCAUUAAAGGAGAGAGUGCCCAGGAUUACAGAGAAGCUCACCUGGGCUGCUUCCUCUAUAGCAAUUGCUCUUGGAUUUGCCAUUCUUAUCAGUCAGUAUUUUGGGUUUAGCCUCUACUAAUUUUCAUCAUUUUGACAGUUUUCUUGCUUCAUUGUCAUUGUUAGAAGAAUAUGCUAGUAAUAAAAGGUUUGUUUAUUAUGCUUGUAGCAAAA